AUGGCUGCGCACAGAGACAAGGACGAAAAGGCACAGCUUCUGGAAACCAUGAUCUGGUUCACAAUGUCAUGGAAAAACCAGUUCCUGAGCUGGGACCCUGAACAGUGUGGGACCUCGUCCAUGACACUACCAAGAACCAUGCUCUGGGUGCCUGACGUUGUCAUUGAUGAGUUUGUGGAUGAGAAUAACGCCCCUGAGACCUUCUAUGCCCACGUGACCCACGACGGGUACAUCAAGGAUGAAAUGCCCCUUGAGGUGAUCAGCUCCUGCAACCUGGAGAUAUUCAGGUUCCCCUUUGACACCCAGAACUGCUCCUACACAUUCCAGUCCUGGAUACACAAUUCUCAUGAAAUUAAAUUAAGAUUAGGACACACGGUUGGGGAGAUCAUGAACACAUCUCGUGAUGUGAUGGUCACAAAGGGAGAGUGGGAGCUCCUAGAUAUGACUGUGUAUGAACAUGAGCUAGACAUAGGAGUGGCCGCACGCCACCAGAUCACAUACUAUAUUGUUCUCAGAAGGCAGUCGACCAUGUAUGUGGUGAACCUGAUCAUUCCCAGCUUCUUCCUGAUCACAGUGGACCUCUUCAGCUUCGUCCUGCCCCCCCAGAAUAUUGACCGGUCAGCCUUCAAGAUGACCCUCAUUCUGGGCUACACCGUCUUCCUGCUCCUCAUGAACGAACUGCUGCCCGUCACAGGAAACACCAUACCUCUCAUCAAUGUGUUUUUCUCUAUGUGUCUGGCGCUGAUGGUGGGAAGUCUCUUGGAGACCAUACUGAUCACUAAUAUGAUGUGUGGCUCCAUCCGUGACCUUCCCAUGCCAAACUGGUUCCGAGUUUUUUUCCUGAAGUUCCUUGCACCGCUAGUCUUCAUGAAGAAGAGAGUCAAGAAGCGCACUUCCACUCAAAGUCAAGCUAGCGGUGGUGAAGUAGCCCAUGUUUCUGGUAAGGGCGAAGGUCAACUGGGUUCCAGAGACGGUCAGACUGCAGACCCCAGUGUGGUGGAGCUGCAACACCUGGGAGAAGAACUUCAGGCCAUCCAAAGACACCUGCAAAAGAAACCAGUCACAGUUGACCAGAACGCAGAGGACUGGAUUUUCACAUGGCAGAUGGAGUCUCUGAGUUGGGACGUGGCCGAGUGUGGGACCUCAUCCAUAACUCUGCCAAGAAACAUGCUCUGGGCCCAGAUAGUAACUCAGGCUUCACUCCUGUACAGUGUGGACGAGAACAACGCCCCUGAGACCUUCUACCUCUAUGUGUCCCACACUGGUGAAGUCAUGGACAUGAUGCCAGUGGAGGUGGUCAGCUCCUGCACCCUGGACAUCUACGAGUUCCCCUUUGACUCCCAAAAUUGCUCAUACACCUUCAGGUCCUGGAUACACAACGGUGAGGAGAGGAGGCCCCCGUUUAUAGGCACCAGGCUGAUGAAAUAA